AUGACUUCGAGAUCGCCAACCCCUCAACAUGACAUCGCCGAAACAAAGCAAGGGAACCAGUUUCAGUCUGCGUUAAUACUAUACGGCCCGCGAGAGAAAUAUACAUUGGUGCACGACCAUCCUAUUCCCGUACUCCGUGACAGCACGGAGAUCCUCGUCCGGACCGAAGUCAUUGGGCUCAACCCCAUCGAUUGGAAGUCGCCCGACUUCAACUUUGGCAUACCGCACUUCCCCUUUCUCCCCGGGCGGGAGCUCGUCGGCACUGUUUCGCAGAGCCACGCCGCGUCGCGCUUCCGCCCCGGCGACCAGGUCAUCGUCAUCUCCACCGACUACCGGGACGCGCGCAAAGCCGCGUACCAGGAGUUCGUCGUGGCGCUGGGGUGCAACGCCGUGCGUCUACCAAGCAGCGUGCCGCCCGCGCACGGCGCCGCCCUCGGCGUCGCCUUUGUCACGGCCGCGCUGGCCCUCGGCAGCUGCUUCGGGGCGCGCUUCGCCGACGGGCCCGACCUGCGCGCCCUCAUCGCGCGCGUCGACCCGGCGCGCAUACCGGCGGACGUGCGGCACGAGGCGCUGCACGGCAUCGAGGACCACGAGCGGGCGCUCGAGGGCGACUGGGUGGCCAUCUGGGGCGGAUCCGCCACGUCCGCGUACCUCACGAUGCAGCUCGCGCACCUCGCCGGGCUCAAGGUCGCCGUGCUCGUCGACCAAGCGCGGCACGGGCUGUGGCUAUCUUCCGACACGCACGCGCGUCCAGAGCUGCUCAUCGACAACAGCGACCCGCGACGGGCCGUUUCCAUUCUGCGCGCGACCGUCGGGGCGCGGCUCUUCUUUGGGCUGGACACGAGCGGCAAGGACAGCGGCGGGCCGUGGCUGCUGCAAGCGCUGCAAAAGACGGCGACGCUGUCGCCGCCGCCGACGCCGCCCGCGCGGAAGGAGCGCCGCGCGCACCUCAUCGGGCUCGCGGGGCUGCCUAGUAACACGGGCGCCGGCGUGCAGAUGCAUGCCGUGCCGCUCAAGCUGUUCCACGAGGUGCCCGAGGUGGGCCGCGCGCUGAGCGAGUGGAUGGAGGUGCUCCUGUGCACGGGACGGCUGCGGGCGCCCCGGAUCGUGGGCAAUCACUUUGGCCUGGCAGAGGUGAAUACGGCAUUGGAUCGCAUGCGCAAUGGCGAGGUCAGGGGCGGGAAGCUCGUGGUGACGGUGUAG